AUGCCCAAAUUCAUGAAGAGGAACAAGAUCCCAGACUACCGACAUGUUUUUUGGGUGCCACCCCUCAUCCAUGUGCAGCCCACAGGCCAGCCACUGCCACAGAGCAUUCAGCAAGCCAUGCGUUAUUUACAUAGCCAGUGUCUGGGUCAGACUCUCCUCUAUUUCCUAUUUGAUAUUGCCUGUGCUGAGGAAAACCAGAUGACAGCUGGAAACCUGACAGUGUGCCUGGCACCUUCUAUCUUCCAUCUCAACAUUUCUAAGAAGAAUAGCCCCUUACCCAGGAUCAAGAGCAAACACAGUUUAGUUGGCUGGCCAGGCUCUAGGAACCUGAUCCACGGGAUGUGGCACUCUGACCUGCCCAGUGGGGAUUGCUUGUUGGUCUCUCAAUCCUUGGACCCGGAACAACCUGUGACAGAGUCAGGUGUGCAGGCUCUGAUGCUUACUUCUCAGUAUCUCAUGGAACCUUGUGGCCUGGCUUGCUCCCAGCUCACUCACAUCUGUCAAGCUGACCUCAGGGGCCGUUCUCCUGACUGGUAUGACAAACCGCACUUUUUUGCCAUGGAUGUGGCAAAGAUUCGUGACUACUUUGUGACCCUGCAGACAGCUUGCCCUGAGACAAAGUUGUGAGACUUGUUAGGUCCCCAGAAUUGCACCACCCUGACCUUCUGGCAUUAAGGGUAUAAGCAGAGUGAGCAAAGUGCAGACCCCAGAUUCUGCAUCUAGAUGGAGAGUCAGGCCCUCAUAGCCUCCAUUAACUGUCCUCCAUACCUCUCAAAAUUCCUCUGUACAGCCAGAAAGGAAGAGUGAAUUUCAGUAUCCCAUCUACUCCUUUAU